AUGAAAGUUGAAGAUUCAGACAGCUUCUUUAUGAAUGGCAUCCAAGUUACAGAUAAUAUAACGGAUAUUAACACGAACUCUGAAGACUUUGAAGAAGAUUUUAGCAAUGCCCAUGCACUCAGCCCCUGGAUACCUGGGCUCCAUACCCAUCCUCUCCUGGCCCUCUACGUCGGCUCCAGACCCAUCCUCUCCCGGCCCUCCACCGUCGGCUCCACACCCAUCCUCUCCCGGCCCUCCACCGUCGGCUCCACACCCAUCCUCUCCCGGCCCUCCACCGUCGGCUCCACACCCAUCCUCUCCCGGCCCUCCACCGUCGGCUCCACACCCAUCCCCUCCUGGCCCUCCACCGUCGGCUCCACACCCAUCCUCUCCCGGCCCUCCACCGUCGGCUCCACACUCAUCCUCUCCCGGCCCUCCACCGUCGGCUCCACACCCAUCCCCUCCUGGCCCUCCACCGUCGGCUCCAGACCCAUCCUCUCCCGGCCCUCCACGUCGGCUCCAGACCCAUCCUCUCCCGGCCCUCCACGUCGGCUCCAGACCCAUCCUCUCCCGGCCCUCCACGUCGGCUCCAGACCCAUCCUCUCCCGGCCCUCCACCGUCGGCUCCACACCCAUCCCCUCCUGGCCCUCCACCGUCGGCUCCAGACCCAUCCUCUCCCGGCCCUCCACGUCGGCUCCAGACCCAUCCUCUCCCGGCCCUCCACGUCGGCUCCAGACCCAUCCUCUCCCGGCCCUCCACGUCGGCUCCAGACCCAUCCUCUCCCGGCCCUCCACCGUCGGCUCCACACCCAUCCCCUCCCGGCCCUCCACCGUCGGCUCCACACCCAUCCCCUCCUGGCCCUCCACCGUCGGCUCCACACCCAUCCCCUCCUGGCCCUCCACGUCGGCUCCAGACCCAUCCUCUCCCGGCCCUCCACCGUCGGCUCCAGACCCAUCCUCUCCCGGCCCUCCACCGUCGGCUCCACACCCAUCCCCUCCUGGCCCUCCACCGUCGGCUCCACACCCAUCCCCUCCUGGCCCUCCACCGUCGGCUCCACACCCAUCCCCUCCUGGCCCUCCACCGUCGGCUCCAGACCCAUCCUCUCCUGGCCCUCCACGUCGGCUCCAGACCCAUCCUCUCCCGGCCCUCCACCGUCGGCUCCAGACCCAUCCUCUCCCGGCCCUCCACCGUCGGCUCCAGACCCAUCCUCUCCCGGCCCUCCACCGUCGGCUCCAGACCCAUCCUCUCCCGGCCCUCCACGUCGGCUCCAGACCCAUCCUCUCCCGGCCCUCCACGUCGGCUCCACACCCAUCCUCUCCUGGCCCUCCACGUCGGCUCCAGACCCAUCCUCUCCUGGCUCUCUACGUCGGCUCCAUACCCACUCACCCCACGUGUACCGACCCAGGUCGGCGCCCUCACUGCACACAAAUUCCACGGUAUGCAUAA